AUGGAUUGUGCGUUGAUUGGAUUCGCGCUGGCCCAAGUAGACACUCAGGAGAACCUGAAUGCCGUGAUGAGCGCCGCUGCCUCGAAAUCUGGUGAGAAAACAAUUGUAUUUGCAGAGACACUCUCUGACUUGGCGGUGUGGAUUUAUAACGGCGUCAUCAAGCUCAUGGAGGAGAGCAUCCAGCCGUUAGUGGUGCCCAGUAUCCUGGAAAACGAGGUCAUGUCUGGCAUAUGUGUUGGCAAACCUGGCCCUGCUAAAGGAGGUGCCAAGAACGGUGGCGUUGAAGAGUCCUCCCAGGAGCCUCAGAAGGCGCUGGAUCUGCUGUUGAGUCAGCUGACGCUCUUCUACAGAACGCUGGCCACAUUUGGCACUGACCCUGCAGGUCUUCAGGCAGAUAUUUUACUUUAUCUGCGCUGGUUCACUGAACAAUCUACUGCUGCGGAAGGACAUGUGCCACUGGUCUAAGGGCGUGCAGAUUCGCUACAACCUCAGCCAUCUGGAGCAGUGGACUAGAGACAUGCAGCUGCCAGAGCUCGGUCAGGCCUGUUCUCUACUUCGCAAUUAAAGCAGAAACAAAUUUUAAAAGCUGAGAUAUAGUUUGCUCAGGAAAUUAUGGAAUGAUUUUUGUUUAUUUUAUUUGCGAAAUACAGUAGACUUCAGCUCUCCCAAGUUGCUAGGAGUUGAAGACUAUAGUUAAUGUUUUUGGGAAGUGAACGCAAAACUUCGAGCUAAGCCAGAAGGCACAGGUAAUUUCUGACUAUUAGCCUUCCGUCAGUCGUGUGUCAUAAGUUAAUUAGAAGUUGCUGACCAAUUAAUUUAUUUCUGUCACUUUUGUCUUCAGAUUUUUUUGUCAUUCCAACGUUCUUAACCAAUUUGACGCGCUUGCAGGCAACUCUGAUGUUUUGUCGCCGAUCAUCCAAGCGGCUCAGCUGCUUCAAGCACGCAAGACCGACGACGACGUGGAGAGCAAGCAUCUGUGAAGUGUGCGAUAAACUUACCCUGCCUCAGAUCGUGAAAAUCUUGAACCUCUAUACACCGGAUGAGUUCGAAGAGCGUAUACCGGCCUCAUUCAUUCAGAAGAUACAACAGCGACUGCUGAAGCGGCCUGCUGCUGAUCAUGAACAG